UUGUACGUUGUGUAUACGCACCUUCGAACUAGUAACCAUGUUCAAGACGUUGUUAUUCGCUGGAUUGUUGGCGGUUGCGUUGGCUGCACCAUCGCCAGUCCCGGCUCCAGCACCAGCUCCUGCACCAGCUCCAAGUGGUUUGAUCGCUGCCCCUCUCCCCCCUCCAUUGGGACCAACUCUUCUCUCCGGCAUUGGCGCACCCGUUCUCUAUCCUAGCUACCCACAAAUUCCAAUUGCCGGUUACACGCCACCCUACAUCUAUAAGAGCUACAUCCUCUAAUGAUCGAUAAAGGAGGCAUCGAUCGAUCCACCAAACAACCGAACAACCGAAAUGAUCAAUCGACUACUCAUCUGCUCAU